UCAUAUUACUUUACAUGGUAUCAAGAGCCUCUCUCUAACGAGCCAUUUUUUUUUCCUGAAGAUUUCACCAUGGUCAUCACCGAAUCCACCUCUGUUAUCUCCAUUACUGCCUCCACUCACUUUCCGAUCAAACUAACGCCAACCAAUUUUCCAGUUUGGAAGUGUCAAGUUCAUGCUGCCCUUAUUGGGUUAGGACUUGAAGAAUAUGUUGAUGGCGGCAUUACUGCUCCUGAUCGGUUUCUUGACGUCGCCAAAACACAAAUCAAUCCUUGUUAUACCAUUUGGUAUCGACAAGACAAGACAAUUCUGAGUGCUCUCAUUGGCAGCUGCUCGGAUCCGAUUCAACCCAUUAUUUCAACCUCCUCAACGGCGCACCAAGCGUGGGACAAACUGUCCACCACCUACGCCAGUACCUCUCGUGGGCGUAUUAUCUCGCUCAAAACGAUGUUGUCCCGCACUACCAAGGGAUCCCGUUCAGUCACAGAUUAUCUCGCCGAAAUGCAAGCCAUCGCUGAUGCUCUCGCAUUAGCUCAAAAUCCUGUAUCUGACGAGGAUCUUGUUGUCAGUAUUCUCAAUGGCUUAGGAUCUCAAUUUCCGGAUAUUACAUCAGCAAUUCGUAUCCGUGAGACCCCUCUUCCACUUGCACAAUUGCAAACAAUUUUGCUUGAACAGGAGACUAGAAAUCUGGAACAAGCAGCAUCCACUCAAGACAUGUUACCUACGGUCCAUGCCACUCAGUCUACAUCUAGGCCAAAUUUUAAUGUUGACCGACGCACUAAUUCAGGUAGCAAUCAUCGUGGGGGUCCCUCUCGACGUGGAAGGGGCUCUUUCACGCAGUCUUCAUUCCGUGGCUCCAAUCCGGUGAUAUGCCGCUUCUGUGAAAAUUCUGGCCAUGAUGUCCGCCAGUGUCGCAAAUUGCAAAGGUUUCUUCGAGAUAAUCAUGUUCCCCAUCCAUCGAGUCCGUCCAUUAAUCAUACAACGACAUCUCCUGCUUCUGGACAACCAUGGCUAUUUGAUAGUGGAGCCUCUCAUCAUGUCACGUCAGAUGUUUCUACUCUUCCAUCCUACAUCCUACGUUGAUUAUGGCGGUCCCGAUGCAGUUCAAUUAGGUGAUGGAUCGCAGCACGGGGGCGCCACUAAUGCGAGGGGAGAAUCAUCAUGAUAUUUAUUAUGCACCUGUUCCCAGUCCACCUCAAAUUCAUACGUCUCAAAUAAUGACUCAGUCCCAUUGGCACCACAUUCUGGGUCACCCGUCUAGUCGUACUUGUAAUUAUCUUCUCAAUCAGAAUAAAAGUUACAUACCUUGUAACAUAAAAAAUAUGUCCCAUUGUAUGUCCUGUUCUAUUAAUAAAAGUACCAAGUUGCCAUUUUUUUCCAAUACAAUGUCUGCC